AUUACUACUUACUACAACAACUCCUCAACACACACACACACACACACACACACACACACACAAACUCUUCCUAAUGAGUGGCCUAAACAAAGCCCCAUUGCUUCCCCACAACAACACCAACUCCUCAUCUCCCUUCCCCACCACCACCACCACCACCACCACUUCUCUAAAAUGCCUCAAUCUUAAUCCAAUGACCAACAACUCCGCUUCCGACUCAGCGAACGAUAAGGAGAAUUUGGUCCCGGCCGUCGACACGACCGGGUGCGGUGGCGGCGGCAGUGGCCAGCCAUUCACUUCUUGGAAGGGGAAGAAGCUGCAGCAGCAGCAGCAGCAGCAGCAGCAGCAGCAGACAUCAGGAGCCAAAGGCCAGCUCAAUAGAGUGGCACUCAAGCCCUCUUCCCUGCAGCUGUGCAUGAAAUUGAGUGAGCCCGAUUCGGGCCUCGGCGGCGGCUCCAGGCCGUGGGACCCGCUCCAUUCGUCGUCCUCGGAUGUUUGGGAGUUCUCCGAUUCGGAGUCGGCGCCGGCCUCCUCGUGGUCCACCCUGCCCAACAGGUUAUUGCUGUGUAGGCCUCUUCCUUUGGAUGUUGGGAGGUGUACUUGCAUUAUAGCCAAGGAACCUGCCAAUGGGAAGGGUGGUGUGGCACUCUAUUCUCUUUACACCAAUGAGGGUCGCGGACGACAAGAUCGGAAGCUAGCUGUUGCUCGCCAUAGACGGAGAAAUGGCAGAUCAUUAUUUAUUGUCGCCCAGAAUCCGAAAGGGAUAUCUUGCACUUCCGAUGAGAGUUUCUUAGGGAGUAUGUCGGCUAAUCUCAUGGGAUCAAAAUACCAAAUAUGGGAUCAGGAAAGACCACUUAACUCAUCAAAAGAUCAGCCUAAGCGACUUCUAGGAGUUGUUGCGUUUAUUCCUACAAUAACUACCCUCACAGGGAGUUGUCGAAGCAUGAGGGCAUGGAUACCGAAGCACCAAUCCAUGCAACUAAAGAGCACGAGUACUAAGAUUCAACACAUGAAUGGACUUCCAAAAAAUUGGGAGGAGAAGAGGGAUAGAGCCCACCAACUCUACUCGAGGAGUCCAUACUACAACUAUGCGACGAAAAGGUAUGAACUAGAUUUCAGAGAAAGGGCAGGAAGAGCAGGCCACAGAGUGCAAACAUCUGUGAAGAAUUUUCAGUUGACUGUCGAGGAAAAUGGAAGGCAGACAAUCUUGCAGCUUGGCAGGAUCGGUAAGUCGAAAUACAUAAUGGACUUCAGGUAUCCACUGACUGGUUACCAAGCAUUUUGCAUUUGCUUGGCAUCGAUCGACUCGAAGCUUUGCUGCUCACUGUAAAAUGAGGAAAAAUUACCAUUCCUUUUGUGGAUCAACCGGUGAAAGGAAACGCGCUUAUCGUUUCCUUCUGAGUGCUGAAUAAAGAUUGUAAAAUCAUUGGAGUUUUCGCAUUCUCAACUUGAGAGGAAAGAACAACUGGAUGGAAGUCUAGGGGUCCUUUUUUUUUGUGAUAAAAAAUAGGAGAGAGGGAAAUUGAAGCUUCAAGGACUCUGUUUUGUGAGAUUUUAUGUUGUCCUGAGUUUACUUUUGUGUACUUGUUUUAGCUACACACCAUCUUAGAGGGGCAACAAUUUAUGCUUUAGAGAAGUGUUUUAAGUGAGAGAGUAUUGUUUGUGUCAUUUGUAAUUAAUGAAUCUAAAGAUAUGAUUAGCUGCAUUGUAUUAUCAUAAAAAUGGGGGAAAGACUAGAUUUCUCUCU